AUGAAACACAUCAUCAACCUGUAUGAAAGCAUCAACAGUACAGCAAGAAAUAAUUCAGACUGUCCUCCUGUGGUUUUGCCAGAAGAGAUAUUUUUCACAAUAUCCAUUGUUGGGGUUUUGGAGAAUCUGAUGGUCCUUCUGACUGUGAUCAAGAAUAAGAAUCUUCAGUCACCCAUGUACUUUUUCAUCUGCAGCUUGGCUAUUUCCGAUAUGCUGGGCAGCCUGUACAAGAUCUUGGAAAACAUCCUGAUCAUGUUCAGAAACAUGGGUUACCUCAAGCCUCAAGGCAGUUUUGAAACCACAGCAGAUGACGUGGUGGACUCCCUGUUCAUCCUCUCCCUCCUUGGCUCCAUUUGCAGCCUGUCUGUGAUCGCUGCUGACCGCUACAUCACAAUCUUCCACGCUCUGAGGUACCAUCGCAUCGUGACCCCACGCCGUGCCCUUGUCGUCCUGAUGGUCAUCUGGACGUGCUGUAUGGGCAGCAGUAUCACCAUCGUGACCUUUUCCCAUCACGUCCCCACGGUGAUCGCCUUCACAGCGCUGUUCCCACUGAUGCUGGCCUUCAUCCUCUGCCUCUACCUGCACAUGUUCCUGCUGGCCCGCUCCCACGCCAGGAGGACCUCCACGCUUCCCAGAGCCAACAUGAGAGGGGCUGUCACACUGACUGUUCUGCUCGGGGUCUUCAUUUUCUGUUGGGCACCCUUUGUCCUUCAUGUCCUCUUGAUGACAUUCUGCCCGGCUGACCCCUACUGUGCCUGCUACAUGUCCCUCUUCCAGGUGAACGGUGUGUUGAUCAUGUGUAAUGCCGUCAUUGACCCCUUCAUAUAUGCCUUCCGGAGCCCAGAGCUCAGGGACGCAUUCAAAAAGAUGACCUUCUGCAACAGGUACCAGUAG